AUGGCGCACGCGCAAAGCCAGUACCCUCCACCACCGAUGUCAGCUCCGGCGCAUGUAACAUCUUUCCCGCCGCCCCCACAACAAUCCGGAGGCUUCGCACCUCCAAACUUCAGCUAUCCUCCUCCCCCGACACAGACGCCCCCUUCUGCUGAAGCAUACCCGGGUCCUCCUUCAUCGGCUAGCCCCCCUGCUCAAAGCCCACCACCUGGCGGCUUCGCUCAGCAAAAUGCAGCUGCUUUCCAACAGAAUGCGACCCUACACCGUCCAUCGAUGUCCCAAUCCCCACCCUUGAGGUCCACCGUGGAGCAUCUCCCCGGAGGCGCACCACCAGCGGGUCAGUUUGUUGGAGCGGGCGCAGCUAAUGAAGACUCCAUUGGUACUUUCAAUGGGGGCAGUUACCGGGUCAGCCACCGAGACUCAAACUCGCUUUUAACGGUACAACUUGCCAUUGGCGCCCCAUUCACUGCCAGACCUGGCGCCAUGAUCGGAAUGUCCACAACUACGACCCUGACAGGAACGUUUACCUUUAGGUGGAAAAAGCUUAUUGCGGGUGGAGAGAUGACGAUGUCCGAGUAUAAAGGCCCUGGAGAAAUUCUCCUCGCCCCAUCAGUUAUCGGUGACAUCAUUGUUCUCCGCGUCAGCGAGAGCGCCGAGUGGAAGAUUGGCGGGGAUGCCUUUUUGGCAUCAACGAGUGCCGUCGAACACAAAUACCAGGCGCAAGGGAUCUCCAAGGCUGUGUUUUCUGGGGAGGGCCUAUUUAUCUACAAGAUCUCUGGCAACGGACUACUCUGGGUCCAAAGCUUCGGUGCCAUCAUCAAGAAGGAUCUCAAGGAAGGCGAGAGUUACUUCGUCGAUAACGGUCAUCUUGUGGCAUGGAAUUGCAAGUACAAAAUUGAGCGGGUCGCGUCUGGUGGGAUCAUGUCCAAUUUCAGCGCUGGGGAGGGUCUUGCGUGCAGGUUCACGGGCCCGGGAACUGUCUAUCUGCAGACAAGGAAUCUGAAUGCAUUUGCGGCCCAGAUGAAGGUCAGUACUGCAAGUGGUUAA